GUAUCGGUUGGUGACGGUUCGUGCUGACGUAUAGGAUGCGCGGAGAGUCGCGGUCCCGCGAUCAUGAUAAAUCGAUCGAUUGACAAUGAAUGAAUGAACGAAUUCGUUCCCAUUUCACCCGCACGCUGUGCGCGUCCGAUUAUGCGUAUUUAAAUAUUUCAACAGCUUUGUUGAUGAUGAAAUCAUUAAUAUAUAUUAUGCUAAAUAACACGUGAGGCCGCUAAACUAAAUCAUUCACCAAUUAUACAAUUAAAGUGAACGCGUAUUCGCGCAUAUUUUAGCAGAAUAUUUUUAAUUUUUUGUAACCUAUAUCUGCUUAAUCUGCUUGGUAACCUGUGAUAUUUUCGAUACGAAAUGGUCAGAUGCGCGUAUCUUUUAUCGCGUAAAAUAUCGUUCGAGCUUUGUCGAUUGAAACGUUCAAAAUUUCUGCGUGCAUAUAGCCAGACAUUGAACGCGAUACGAAAAUUUGCGGACGAUAAACCGGCUGUCAUCUUAGGGAUCGAAACGAGCUGCGACGACACAGGAUGCGGAAUCGUAGACACCACAGGAAAAAUAUUAAGCGAAUCAAUAAAUUCGCAACAUCUUAUUCAUUUAAACAAUGGUGGUAUAAUACCUACAUUUGCCAGUGACCUGCAUAGAGAAUACAUUACUACAGUUUGUGAGGAUGCACUAAAAUUGGCAAAUUUAAGAUUAAGAGAUAUAGAUGCUAUCGCAACUACAACUAGGCCAGGUCUUUUCUUAUCACUUGCUGUGGGAAAUAAUUUUGGCAAAUAUCUUUCUAGAAUUGGUAACAAACCAUAUAUACCGAUACAUCAUAUGGAAGCCCACGCGCUAACUGUACGAAUGGUUCAGAAAGUAGACUUUCCUUUUCUUGUUUUGCUUGUAUCAGGUGGCCACAGUUUACUAGCGAUUGUUGAAAAUGUUGAUAAAUUUUAUAUAUUAGGUACUACAUUAGAUAAUCCACCUGGUGAAAUUUUGGACAAGAUCGCUCGUAGGCUUAAACUUGCAAAUAUAUCGGAAUUUUCGCAUAUGAGUGGUGGCCAGGCAAUAGAAAGCGCGGCGAGUAAAGCAACAGAUCCAACUAAAUUUGCUUUCAUGCCUAUCUUAACAAAACACAGAGAUUGUCAAUUCAGUUUCUCGAGUUUAUUAAGUAACAGUUUUAAAUAUAUUAAUAAACAAAUAAAUUUUGAUAUUAAUGGUAGCACGGAAAUAUCCGAAGUUUAUAAUUUAUGUGCUGCUGUGCAGUUGUGUCUCGUAAAACACAUAUGUCUCAGAACGCAGAGGGCAAUGGAAUUUAUUAAUAACGAGAACUUGAUACCACAAGAAAGGCGAACUUUGGUAAUAUCUGGCGGAGUGGCUUGCAAUAAUUUCCUGGCAAAGGCUUUGGAAAUUGUUUGCUCAAAAAGAGGUUUUAAUUUCGUUCGAACUCCACCUCGUUUAUGCAAUGACAACGGUGUAAUGAUAGCAUGGAAUGGUGCGGAGAAGUGGAUGGCGAAUGUCGGUAUUAUGCGAGAUAGAAAGGAAAUUGAAAAGAUAACUGUCGAUAAAGAUGCACCGUUCGGGGAAAGUUGGGUUGAAAGAGUGCAAGCAGCAAACAUAAAAUGUAGAUUGGUAAAAUUAGACUUUGAAUAAAAUACACAUCUCUAAUAUUUA